AUGUCUUUCCUUGCUGCAAAAUAUACAGGACGAGGAGACGUUCAUGUUGUUGAUCCUUCGGUAGAUCUAAGGCAUAUCUUUGAUAAUAUCGAACCAAUGAAAUUGAGUUUGGAGGAAAGAAGAUCCAAAAUUGACCUGACUGAAGUGAAAGAAGGGUAUGAUAAUUGGUGGGCCAAAUAUAACUUGUGGAAAAACGAGAAAGAAAACGCACAGGAUUUGAAAAAGGAAUUGAGAGCGGAGCAGCAAGGCUUACUAUCCGCUCUUUCGCUCCCUAAUUUUGUCAAGAAGGUGGGCAAAGAGGAGAAGCAAAUGCUUAAGCAAUCAGUUCACAUGGACUACUUACAAAGUAAAGGUCUUAUGAGAAUUGAAAAAGAAGCAGAUGUGGUUCAUUUAGUAGGAUUUCCAGUUCUAUUACAAAACUAUUUAGAGCAUCAUUUGCUCGACAUGUUCUCUGAUGCAACUUUGAUAUCUCCUUCUUGCUUUGCCAGAGCUGCUCUUUUAGAAGCUGCUAAUGUUAACUUUGAUCUAUACAUGCCUUUCACAGAUGGAUCUGAGAAAUUUCCUAAAAGUUACUUGGUUGGCAAUUCCAUUUUCGCUUUGUUGUCACCAUUCGUACGGUCAGAGUUUUCAGAGAAAAAUAAUUGGCCUAUCACCCUACAGAGCAUAGGUAUGGCUUACUAUGCUAAGAAGAACAAAACGAAUCUAUCGAACGCACGACAAAGGUUGAAACAUACUAUUCUUUUCAUGGCUCGCACAGACGAGGAAGUCGAAAGUUUCAUUCAAGAUACUUCGCUCAAACUAGCUGGCCUACUGGAUGAAGGUCUCCUUCUGGAAUUGAAACUGCGCACAGUGAAAGGAAAAGAGUUGAAAAAUUAUGAAUCUCAAGCUAUCACAUUAGAAGACAAAGGACUGCAGUUAUCAAGAAUUUCGCGAGUAGAUGACUACAUUUCUAGACGUCUUAAUAUUGUCUCUCAUUCUCAAGAAUUCGUUAAGAUGGUUUAUGUAGACACCGAUAUUGAUAGGGUUCUCGCGAGACUGAUUGACGGCUUAGUAGAGGGCAAACCGGUAGCUAGGAGCAUUAAAGGAUUGAUUUCUCUCGAUUAA